GGCGCGGGGGGGGUUGCGCAUGCGCAGAGCGGCGCCGGGCGGUUCAAACGGAGCGCGCGUGAGGGAGCCCUCAGAGAAAAGGGAAAAAUGGAGAGCGCCGGUUUUCCCCCGGUGGAGGUGGUGGAGGGGCUGAGCCAGGAGCUGCUGCAGGAGCUGAGCUCGGGCUGCACCGAGGAGCUGCUGCAGCGCGGCCUGGAGUGCCGGGAGCGGCUGGACAGACGGCUGCUGGACACACAGACACGGGCCUGGGGCCUGGCACAGGCUCUGGCCGAGGCCGAGGCCGCGCUGCGGCGGCGCCUGCAGGAGGCUCAGGCCGACGUCCGGCGGCUCCGCGGCCGCAGGCAGCAGCUGGACACGGAGCUGCAGCGGGCACAGGGCGCCCUGAGCGGCGCCAGGGACGCCACCCGGGCGCUGCGCCGGGACAAGGAGGAGCUGCAGGAGAAGCUGAGGCAGCUGGAGAGGGAUAAGGAGGAGGAGGAGGAGGAGCACGGCCUUCCUCCUGAUGUGUACGUGGCUCAGCUCUACUACGAGAUCAGCAGGAUCGACUGGGACUACAGCGCCGAGCCGGGGCGGAUCCGAGGCAUUCAUUACGGCCCCGAGAUCGCCGUGCCCCUGGACAUGGACGAGGCGCAGCACUCGGGGACCUUCGUCAGCGAUUACCUGUGGGGUCUGGUGCCCACUGAGUGGAGACCCCGGAGACCCCCAGUGCUGCCCACCGAGCCUCUGGCACUGUGAAACCCCCCUCCCCAUUUCCAGCUCGUUGA